CCUUGUUACGGGUGAUUCUAUCUAAGUUGACGUUUUAGCAGUCGUCGCUGCCAGCCUAGUCUACCAUAACGUAAUCGAGAUUUUCGCUAUUCACACAAUCCCUUCACACUCUUAAUUUACGCUUUCUGUUCAGCUUCGUUGUGCGGUACAUUUUCUUUGUCCCUUCCCUUCUCCUCUCGACGCAGGACACUAUGGCCGUCACCGUCAAACUAAUGGCUCUCAUUGUUUCCUUUUUCGGCCUCUUGUCUUUCAUUUUGGGAGUCAUAGCCGAGAACAAAAAGCCUCCUGCUGGAAUGCCCGUGCCCGUCAAGGAUGGUGUGACAUGCAAGUUCUCAGCCGAUCUAACACUUGCAUUGGGGUAUCUUUCUGUAAUUUUUCUUAUUGCUUCCACAGUGGUUGGAUAUCUCUCUCUGUUUUACCCUUACAAAGGGAAAGCUGUUCCACAAAGAGUUCUCUUUAAAAGCACGACUUUCAUGGUUUUCUUCAAUGUUGCAUUGUUUUCGACUGGACUAGCUCUAACUAUGCUGUUAUGGCCAACAAUCACUGAACACCUUCACCUUAAACGCAAUGUGCAUCAUGAUCUCACAUAUACAUGCCCCACUGCUAAAACUGGUCUGCUUGGAGGUGGUGCCUUUUUAUCCCUUGAUUCAUCCCUCUUUUGGUUAGUUGCACUUAUGCUGGCUGACAAUGCUCGGGAGGAUUUUUUGGAUGAAGACAAAGAUGUUGAACUUCCCUCACAUGUUAAUCAUGCAGAUAUGAUCAUAUAGCAGUGAAUUUGAAGAGGCGUCUCCAAAUAUACCAUCUAGCGUGAAAGAAAGGUAUGUUUAUGCAGGUUUAUCUCUGGAACUAUAUACCAAGUGAUGUUGAAAGUCUACAUAUAAAACGACAAUAAAGUUGUAGUAGGACCUGUAGGAACUCUGAAAAUGCAAUUAAAGAUUAGUUUUUCUUUUGAGUUAUUCGAGACAUAUGUUGCAGAUUUGUUUAUAUGAAAUUUGAUUUCUAUUUCUCCAUUGGACAAACUUAGUUAUUCUUUUUUAUUUGAAAAUGAGAAACUUAGUCUCUUUUAUAAUUCAAA